CAACAAUGUCAAACGAACCCCUUAAAUGUGUGUGUUCGACCUUCCUCUAAUAAAAUUUUCCACUUUUACUCCAGCACCGGCAGCACCCUCCUGUCGUCCCUUUAUUUCAAGCCUACUCUGAAUUCUCCAUUGAAGCGGUUUCGGAGCUUUCUCUCCUCCAUUGAAAACAGCUUCCAAGCUAUUGUUUCUAAUGGGAAAGAAAAAAUCUGAUGAUGCUGGAGGCACUUCAAGAGGUCAAUCAGCUAGUUCUAAAGACGGGAAGAAAGAAAAGUUUUCUGUUUCAGCAAUGCUUGCUAGCAUGGAUCAAAAGCCAGAGAAAACAAAAAAGGCAUCUGUGUCGAGUAAACCCAAGCCAAAGGCACAAGCUUCAUCUUAUACUGAUGAUAUAGAUCUUCCUCCAUCAGAUGAUGAUGAUGAUUACUAUGGCUUAGAAGAAGAGCGACAGCUGGAUGAGAAGCAAAGCUCAUUACAGCAGCAGACAGAAUCCAAGAUCAUUGGUUCUUCUAUAACUGAUAAAGAGUUGAAGAAACGAGAGAAAAAAGACAUGCUGGCUGCUCAAGCUGCUGAACUUGCAAAAAGAGAGGCCUUGAAGGAUGAUCGUGAUGCAUUCACUGUUGUCAUUGGAAGUCGGGCUUCUGUUCUCGAGGGCGGAGAUGAUGCUGAUGCUAACGUCAAAGAUAUUACAAUUGAGAACUUUUCAGUUUCCGCUCGGGGAAAAGAACUUUUAAAGAAUGCAUCAUUAAAAAUCUCUCAUGGAAAAAGGUAUGGUUUGGUUGGGCCCAAUGGAAUGGGGAAGUCUACCCUUUUGAAGCUUUUAGCCUGGAGAAAGAUUCCGGUGCCUAAAAAUAUUGAUGUUUUACUGGUUGAACAAGAAAUAGUUGGUGAUGACAGAUCAGCGCUUGAAGCAGUUGUUUCAGCCAAUGAAGAAUUGGUGAGACUGAGGAAAGAGGCUGCAUCUUUGCAGAAUGUUUCUUCUGCGGAGGAUGGUGUCAAUGAUGAUAAUGGUGAGGAUGAUGCAGGUGAGAGACUUGCUGAAUUAUAUGAGCAGCUGAAUUUGUUGGAUGCAGAUGCCGCUGAGGCUCAGGCAUCUAAAAUCCUGGCUGGUUUAGGGUUCACCAAGGAUAUGCAGGAACGCCCUACCAAGUCAUUCAGCGGAGGAUGGAGAAUGAGAAUCUCCCUGGCCAGGGCACUAUUUAUGCAACCUACUCUUCUGUUGCUUGAUGAACCAACCAACCAUCUUGACCUUAGAGCAGUUCUUUGGUUAGAAGAGUAUUUAUGCCGGUGGAAGAAAACUCUCAUUGUUGUCUCCCAUGACCGUGACUUCCUCAACACUGUCUGUAAUGAGGUUAUACAUCUUCAUGAUAUGAAGCUUCAUUUAUACAGGGGUAAUUUUGAUGACUUCGAGAGUGGAUAUGAACAGCGUCGAAAAGAGAUGAAUAAAAAGUAUGAGGUAUAUGAAAAGCAAUUGAAAGCCGCGAAAAGGGCUGGAAACCAGGCUCAGCAGCAGAAGGUGAAAGAGAGAGCAAAGUUUGCAGCAGCAAAAGAAGUGUCUAAGAAAAAAUCAAAAGGAAAAGUGGAUGAAGAUGAAGCAGUGCAAGAAGCCCCGAGCAAAUGGAGAGAUUAUACAGUGGAGUUUCACUUCCCAGAACCCACUGAGCUCACUCCUCCACUACUUCAGCUCAUUGAAGUCAGUUUUAGCUACCCUAACCGACCUGAUUUCAGGCUUUCAAAUGUUGAUGUGGGUAUUGAUAUGGGUACCCGAGUUGCUAUAGUGGGGCCCAAUGGUGCUGGCAAAUCAACCCUGCUCAAUCUUUUGGCAGGUGAUUUGAGCCCAAGUGAAGGGGAGUCGAGGCAGAGUCAGAAGCUGAGGAUAGGAAGGUAUUCACAGCACUUUGUUGAUCUUUUAACAAUGGAUGAAAACCCUGUUCAAUAUCUCCUUCGUUUACACCCUGACCAAGAAGGGAUGAGCAAGCAAGAAGCUGUCCGAGCUAAGCUUGGGAAAUUUGGGCUUUCUAGUCAUAACCACCUUAGCCCAAUAGCAAAAUUAUCAGGAGGUCAAAAAGCUCGGGUGGUUUUUACUUCCAUAUCAAUGUCAAAGCCCCAUAUACUAAUGUUAGAUGAACCCACAAAUCACUUGGAUAUGCAGAGUAUCGAUGCUCUUGCUGACGCGCUAGAUGAAUUCACCGGGGGUGUUGUGUUAGUUAGUCAUGAUUCUCGGCUGAUUUCACGGGUUUGUGAUGAUGAAGAGAGGAGCCAGAUCUGGAUUGUUGAUAAUGGGACAGUGAGAACGUUUCCUGGAUCGUUUGAAGAGUAUAAGGAGGACCUUCAGAAGGAGAUCAAGGCUGAAGUUGAUGACUGAGAGACCUUUCCUGUAUACUGUACUAUAUCUUGUUAUAGCUCCUCGUUACAUCCAAUUUAGAGGCUAUAAUAUUAUAAUGCUGCAAUCUGGAUUAUCUGAUUCAUCCCCCAUUUUUGCUUCUGUUUUGACAAGGAAUGAAGCAGAUGAAUUUUGCAAUUUUCGCUUUUCUGGUUUCCAUGUAUUUUAUUUUAUUUAUUAUUAUUAUUUUUAUACUUAUUCUUUACUGGAUUUUCUACUGGAGUUAAUUUUUUUGAAAGAGUGUUAUUGUACUAGACGCACAAAGCUAGUUUUGUAUCAUCAAAUCAAUUGCUGAUAGUUUUUCUUUUAAA